AAGUGUUGUCCAUGAUUUCUCGGACUUCGCAGCAGUAAAAAAGGCAAAGCAGGGACUGCGGUGGUAAACAAACAGGUAGAGCAGCCGUUCCUCGUCCCGCGGAGCUGCGCUGUCGCACCGGUUGACUUUCAGGAAACUUGACCUUCUUCUCAGACCGUCUCUGAGGUCGAACUGGCUCUAAAAAUCCCGGACUUCGGCUGUUAAAACUCCAAGGCUCGUCCCCGGUCCUCUUCCUCUCUCCCCGCCCUCCCUGCCCUCGGACUCGGCUUAUGUGACACAUUAACGUCCCGGGGGCGAGACGAGCGAAACAUGACGGAGCUGAGGAAGCGAGGCGCCGGCGGAGGAGACCCCGACACCUCCGAGAACAUCAGUGACAAGGAAGCCGAUGGCGACGACAGGCUGGGCCUGCCAGGCGACACUGAGGGAGAAUGUGACGUCGACUCCAAAACGGACACUCCAGAUGUUCCCGCCUCCACAGCGGACACGGACAACACUCCAGAAUGCCUGAACAAAGCUCUGGAGGGGCUUCCACCCAAAUGGAGGAACUACUGGAUACGAGGACUCCUGUCCAUUUGCAUGAUUUCGGGGUUUUCCCUUAUGAUCUAUAUGGGACCCAUCAUGCUUAUCUUUGUGGUCAUGGGUGUGCAAAUCAAGUGUUUCCAGGAGAUAAUCACCAUCGGCUACAGUGUUUAUCAUUCCUAUGAGCUGCCUUGGUUCAGGACUCUCAGUUGGUACUUCCUGAUUUGUGUCAACUACUUCUUCUAUGGUGAAACGCUGGCGGAUUACUUUGGGGCUUUGGUGCGGAGGGAGGAGCCUCUGCAGUUCCUGUCUCGCUAUCACCGCUUCAUUUCUUUCACUUUGUACCUUGCAGGUUUCUGCAUGUUUGUGCUGAGUUUAGUGAAGAAACAUUACCGCCUGCAGUUUUACAUGUUUGCUUGGACCCAUGUGACCCUGUUGAUUGUGGUAACUCAGUCCCACCUUGUCAUUCAGAACCUGUUUGAAGGAAUGAUCUGGUACAUUGUUCCGAUUUCCAUUGUGAUCUGCAACGACAUCAUGGCGUAUCUGUUUGGAUUCUUCUUUGGGAGAACUCCUCUUAUCAAGCUCUCGCCCAAGAAGACGUGGGAGGGCUUCAUUGGGGGAUUCUUCUCCACGGUGGUUUUUGGCUUCAUUCUGGCCUACCUCCUGUCGCAGUUCCAGUACUUUGUGUGUCCGGUGGAGUUCAACAGUGAGACCAACAGGUUCACGGUGGAAUGUGAACCCCCUGAUCUGUUUGUCAUGCAGGAGUACACCCUCCCUGCGGCGCUGCAGAACACACUCAGUUGGAAAACAGUGAAUCUUUACCCCUUCCAGAUCCACAGCAUCUUCCUGUCGUCCUUCGCCUCCCUCAUCGGGCCGUUCGGCGGCUUCUUUGCUAGCGGCUUCAAGCGGGCGUUCAAAAUCAAAGAUUUCGCCAACACCAUUCCGGGCCACGGCGGCAUCAUGGACCGCUUCGACUGUCAGUACCUGAUGGCAACUUUCACUCACGUCUACAUUGCCAGCUUCGUCAGAGGUCCGAACCCCAGUAAAGUGCUGCAGCAGCUGCUGAUGCUGCAGCCGGAGCAGCAGCUCGGUAUCUUUCACAUCCUGCGCUCCCAGCUGAAGGAGAGGGGCCUGCUGCCGCUGCCGGCCGUCCAGGCCGAGUGAAACCCGCUCAGGAAGAGUGUGAGGAGGUUCCCAUAGCUAACCCAUCAUCAGCCUUCUAGAUUUGAGGCGACUCCGGAGGGGGAGGAAAACAUUUUUUACCAAACCAAACCCGGAAGUCGCCGUCGCCAGUUUGCUUUUGACCGCCUUCUCUCGGCGAAGGAGGACGAGGAAUUGUUUGGAUUGUUUGAGAACGGCAAACUUUGCACUGAUUUUUCUGAUGUGAACUGUUAAGAGACGCUUCCACCAGCAGAACAGACUGGUUCACCGUUUCCGCUCUGCACAUCCACACGUGUAGCAUGCAUGCAUGCAGCAGCGGUGCAUGCGCCGCCAUCUCCUUCCACUGGUAGCUUUUAGGUUUCUGACCAAACGUUGGUGGAAACAGAUCGACUGCAGGCAUGCAUCAUAGAUCAUCAUCUGCACACCUGACACUUGAAGAAAUAUAUUGUACAGAAAUAUACGUAAAUAUUUAGCUGAACAAAUACCUAAUAUAUAUAUUUACUUAGAGAUUUGCUGUGGGAUAAGAAAAAGAACAUUUUAAGCUGUGAGAAAUGAUAUGCAACUAAAGAGAUAAUUUCCUUUAGCAUGAGCAAAGUUUAUCUUUAACAGGCAGCCAUGUAGAUUUCAGCCGAUGUUAUUUGAUGUUUGUAAAGCUUUACUUCAAGAAAAGGAUUAAAAAGAUUAGGAGUUGCAGUGGGAUUAGGAGAUCAGCGUUGCAAGCUUUAGUCUAAACCAGAGUAGCUUAUCUGAACAGACACAAAAUAGAUUAACUGUUUUAAAAUAAAGUUUUAAAAGCUUCCUAGCAACACCUGUAAAGCUCACACAUUGAUAAAGUUUACAUUUUCUCCCAAAUUCACUGAUAAAUCACUUUUUAUUUUAUGGUAAAAUAUUGUUUUAAGCAUUAAAACUGUAAUACUGCAUUAUAAAUUUGUUAAUGAACAGUAAGGAGGCUGAACUGAUGCUGUAAUUGCAAUAUUACUGUGACUUUUAUAGACUGAACUCUUUAUUUAUAAACCACCGUUACAUACAGACGAAAAAAAACAAACAGGUUUAAUAAAAAUAAAAAGUUAAAUAUUUAUAAAUCAAACUAGUAAUUUGAAUAAUUUCAAUUUUAAAAAAAAUAUUGUUUAUUCCGUUUCUGCUGGGCAUUUAAAUUUAUGUACUAGUUGUAUUAAAAAUGUAUAGUAGAGCAAAUAUGUUAAAGGUUUACUUGGUUAAAAUAAAUAAUAUUUGCAUAUACUUAAAAAUGAAUCGGGUACUUGAAAUGAUUUGAUGUAAAACUUUGUCAUUAUAUGUUAAAUUCAUAUAAAAUUAUUUAUUCUAUUGUUUAAUGAUUCCUUUGUGAAAGUGCAACAUGAAAUAUUUGCGGCUCAUCAGGUAAAAAAUUUUUUAAAGGAGUAUUAUGAGGAAAAAAAUAAAAGUAAAGCAAAACCCAUGCAUGUAUGAACUGUUACUAGCAAAAAUGUGGUGGAACAAUUCCAUUUUUAUUUUAUUUUUUUACUUUUUUAAUAUGAAUAUUUUAUUUGAAAUUGAAAUAAUUAGAUUUGAUUAAAUUAUCUGUUUUCUCAGUUUAACAAAGUGAUUUUGAGAAAACGUGUUGAGAAAUAUGUGCAGUUUAAAACCUCACCAGCAGGUGGCAGCACUCGGCUCAGUUCUCAGGAAUUCACCGUUUUUGGCCCCCAGCUGAUCAAUAUGGAAACUGUGGAAGCUGACAGCGGUUGUCCCUGCUCUAAUUAUUUUUCUCAAAAAUAAAAUUUUAGUCUUUUAUUCUGCCGUUGGCACAUUUUUAAUGGGAAGUAGAGACAUUUCUCCCUCUUGGAUUAAAAAAAUGAUAGAGUUCAGCAUGUGUUGUCGUUUCUGAGCGGUACUUCCGUCUGUUGCCGCUGAAUGAUAUGUAGAAGGUUUAAUAAAUCUGAAACAUUUCAACCCUGAAGAAAAAGACAAAAAUUAAAUUUCUAAACUAAAUAAUUAGUUUCAGUUUAAACGUUGUUGUUUAACGGUAGCUUGUUUAGCUCAAACAAGCUAAAAUUACUUUAUUUUCCCCCAUAUUAUAGAAUAGAAGUACUUUAUUCAUCCCAGCAGUGAAAUUACUUUAUUAGAAGAAAAUCACAGGAUAGCUUUUAUUUUCACUUGAGCUCUUACUGAAAAUGUAGUCACGUUCAGAUUUCUAAAGUUUAGGAAUUUCAUAUUCAGAGAUUUUAAGCUUUAGUUUCAUUCUAAAAUCUAAAUUAAGCUAAAAUAUCUCUUAAAACGGAAUCUUAUUUUAUGAUUUUACAGUUUACUCUUUUUUUUUUCACCAAAACAUGCUUUUGUGUGAGCUUUACAGGAAUUUAUCUUCUGAUCCAUCUUUAAACAUGAAAUGUUCCUUUAAUGAAAGCCUAGCGCUUCCUUUGUGGUUGCACUGUAAGGUGGAGGCGGGUUGUGCUGCGGGACGGUUAAAUCAAAUUGAUUUGAGAAGGUAGGGUUACAUCAAAUCAAUGUUUAUAAGAGUAAAUUAUGAAUGUAAGAUGGUGUGAAGCAUCGGUACGGUUUGUUUUCUCUGUACAGUAAAUGCAUCAAUAUUAAUCUGUAAACACUAGAAGGUUUUAUUAAAAAUGCUGUUUCCAUGUCUACCAUUCUGGUCGAGUCAAACGAUGCGUUACAAAGCAUGUUGCCACGCUCUCGCAUCCAAACCAGAGAGAAAUGUUUACCAAAGGUUGAUCACAGCUCACUUCCGUCCGGGGACCUCCGGGGGGCGCCAGUGAGUCGGAUCCCUCUCUAAAACAACAACCCAAAGCAGAGAGCUAAUUCACAUGUCAGUUUUUGUUCUUGACGGUUCUAAUUUAUUGGUUUAAGCGGUUCUGAGUGUUUUCCUCUGAGAUUAACGGGACCAGAUGUAAAUGUUCUGUAACUGCUGCUUUUUCAAGACACUGAAGCAAAAUCUGCAACACUAUUAUUUACAUUUUUACACAGUUUUAAGCUCAUUUUUACAGAAUCUGUAGAGAGCCUCUGGGAUACUUAAAGGGAUAGGUCAGGAUUUUAUUUUUAUUUUAGUGCAGAAGUUUGGUAAGAAUGUAUAAAAAUAUUUAGUUUUUUUAAUAGUAAAAAUGUGAUUCUGAAUGUAACAGUGGAUUUCCUUUUUAUUUGGCAAAAUACAACAUAUUUUUCCUAUUUUGCUGGUGGAAACAUACAGAAAACAUUACAGUCCUUCACUUUAAGCAGCUUAACAUUUUUAAGUUUACUUAAAACUGUUUAGCAAGAUAUAAGAGCUUGUUUUCAGUCAAUAAUUCCUUAAUAUUGAUGAAGAAAGUAGUUCAAUUUACAGAAUAUUUUACUUCUAAAUAUGCCUUUUUCCCAUGUUGUAAGUAAAAUACUAGAACUUUUUCAUCAAUAUUAAGGAAUUAUUGACUCCAAACAAGCUCUUUUAUCUUAUUAAAAAGUUGCUUACAAGUUGGUUUUGUCUCAUUCCAAGUGUAAUUAGACAUUUGUACUAGAAACUAGACCAAAAUUACUUGCCAAGAUUUUAAGUUUUUUUGCAGUGUAUGUGAAAAUUCAGAGGCCAAAUUGUCAAAAAGAAAAAUAAAAUAAAUUGACAGCAACAGAUUCUAACAGCCAGGAGACAAAAUCAAGUUUAAAAAAUGAUUUUAUUCCAGCCACUCUCUCAAGGUUUCAUUUUUUAUUUUAUUUUUUUUUAACGUAAUUUAUGGAUCUAACGGCCAUGCAGACAUAAAUGUAAAGACCAGAAAGCACAAAGCUAUUGCGACCCAAACGUUUAGGUUCUGAACUUUAUGCUGCUGGUUUAAUUUGUGUGUUUUGGUCGAUUGGUUGCCGAAAUGACAGCAUUCAGCCUUUUGGAUCAAAUCUUCAUCUACUGAAGGAACCGAGCAAUACAAACGUGUAAAGUGAACACUGAUGUUGUUUUAGAGAUGACAUGAAGCAGUUUACUGUAACCAAAUGAAUAAAUUUGUUUCUUUAAA